CACCGACUGGUCGCUUAGGGGGAGGAGGAGGAGGAGAAGCCCAACAGUUCAUAAUGUGGCGACUGCACUUUCGUAAGUUUGACAGCGUGAAACGAAAUAGUUUCCAUCAGCGUUAACCUUGUUCCCGUGGUCUCGUAUGUCGCUUUACAACCAGCCUGGUCCCGAGUGGCAGUGGAGGAGCUCAGCAUGCUAAGCUAAGAGACGUGACCAACUUUAGCUACAUCGAUUAAAGUGUGUUGGCAGCGCCGUUGAAAAACCUGUCUAGGUUUUCUUUUGUGUCUACUAUGAGCGCGUCAGAUGAGUACAGAGAACCUGGGGACCAUGUCCAGGAAGAAAACAUCUCCACAGGAGACGACAAGGAUGACUCGGCCAUGUGCUCAGGCAGCAGCAGCGAAAUCAAGAGCCGUGCUGUGGUCAAGUACUGCGCCGCCCCACCUCCCAGCACGUAUGCCCUGCUACAGGAGAAGACCGACCUCAAGCUGCCCCCUGCCAACUGGCUGAGAGAGAACUCCCAGCUGGGCACCGCUGGCACCACCGUGUUGGGCUCCAGCAGCAAGGGCAAGCCGUUUUCAAGUUUUGGGAUGGCGUAUGAAUUUAUCGACUGCAUCGGCGAUGACGUCGACGUCGUAUCAGACUCUGAGAACAUCAAGAAGCUGUUGAAAAUCCCCUACAGCAAGUCGCACGUCAGCAUGGCCGUUCACCGCAUAGGUCGUACCCUCCUUUUGGACGAUCUGGACAUCCAAGAGCUCUUCAUGAGAUCCUCUCAGACGGGAGAUUGGACGUGGUUAAAGGACUUUUACCAGCGGCUCAUGGAUCAGAAGUGGCAGAGAAAAAAGAAAAGCAAAGAGCAAUGGUAUCAGAAAGCCAUCCUGUCCAAGUUCCUCUACUACAGUAUUAAUGGGGACUGUGCAGCCGAACCUGUUGCGGACAACCUGAACGACGACGAGCAAUGUGGGGCGCAGGAAUUCGGCUCGUCAUGGCCCACCACCUUCACCGGCUCUGAUGCUGACGAGACGGCUGCUUGUAAACAGGAACGUGUGCCCAUGGACAGCAAAUUCGCUCUAGGCCAGGUGACGUCGGUGCCCCAAGAGCAAAACCUCCCAGCACUCUUUAAUGAAGGAGAAAAUAGUCAGGGUCUAAGGAACGACUUUGUGCGAAACAUCAUGUGGACCUUUGAGGACAUCCAUAUGUUGGUUGGCUCCAACAUGCCGAUCUUUGGAGGGGGCCGCUACCCGGCAGUCAGCCUCAAACUCAGGGACAACAAUAAACCCAUAAAUAUCCUGACGGGUAUCGAUUACUGGCUCGACAAUCUGAUGUGUAACGUUCCCGAAUUGGUCAUGUGCUUUCACGUCAACGGUAUUGUUCAGAAAUACGAGAUGAUAAAAACAGAGGACAUCCCACAUCUGGAGAACUCGACUUUUUCCACCAGGGUGGUGAAAGACAUCGCUCAGAACAUCCUCUCUUUUCUCAAGUCCAACUGCACCAAAGAGGGUCACACCUACUGGCUUUUCAAAGCUAGCGGGAGUGACAUUGUGAAGCUUUAUGAUCUUACGACACUGUGCGAGGAGGCCGAAGAGGAGAAAAGCCACAAUCCCUUCACGCUUCCUGUGGCCGUGUUGCUUUACAAAGUGGCAUGCAACCUGAUGAUCAAGGCCAGAGAAAACAGAAAGCACUACGGCACAAUACGAACUCUGCUUUUAAACUGCAUCAAACUUCUGGAUCAGGACAGGCAUCCCCAGAUCAUCGCCUCGGCCCACUACAUGCUGUCAGAGCUUUUCCAGCUAGAUGAGCCUCAGGAGGACGACGACGACGGAGGGGAGUCGUUCCGGGCGUGCGGCUCAGAGGACAGCUACAGUAAUGAUGACCGCGAAGAGGAUGACGAGGACCUGGAGGCGGAGGAGGAGAGCGACGACAGCAGUUCAGACAGUAACAGCCGCACACGGGACGACAGUAAAGCUGUGGCUGUCAUCCGCUCUGUGGGAGAGCUGUCUGUCCCGGAGAAAUACAAAUCCACUCAGCUGAUCCGACCAGGUUGUGCUUUCCCUGUCUCACAAGACAAAGAGGAGCGAUGCAGACAUGUCCUCAACUACGUAUUAAAGGGGCUGAAGGCAGUAGAUAGCAGCAUCAAGAAGGAGAGUGACCUCCCAGCCGUGGACCCCAAUACACCCAUCCCUCUCAAGUACGAAGACGGGAGCGCUGGCAGAAGCUGCGACGCGGAGAAAGGCAUCUCUCCUCUCCUUGAAGGAGUGGGGCUCUUGCAGGCGGACCAGAAGCAUCCGACGCGCUCGGGCAUGAUUCCCGGCACGUGGCAGCACCAGAUGAAGCUGCAGCUUUUCCUCAAGGCCUCCAAGGCGUACUACGUGCUGUCCGACGCCGCCACCAACCUGCUGAAAUACGGCCGAGCUUUGCGCUAUAUCAAACUGUCUCUGCAAAGCUACGGUGCCUAUUGUUCCAUUGGCGGUGCGCUACACCCGCAGGUGCUGCUGUUCCACAGCCACGGCCUUUCUCUGUGCGGGGACAUCCAGCUGAUGUUGGCCCAGAAUUCCAAUAACAGGGCUGCAUACCAGGAGGAGUACAGCUACCAGACCAAAGAGGACCAGGAGAUCUUACACAGCCUGCACAGGGAGAGCAGCUGCCAAGCCUUCAACAUGGCGACCGACCUGGCCACGGACCCCGAGUACCAGCUGUUUGUGAGCAGCAAGUGUUACGAGGCCGCCUACGAGCUGCUCGUCUCCCACGCCUUGAAGGAGGAGGCGCCGGAUCAACUGGCUCAACUGCUCAAACGGCUGGGGAACAUCCGCAACGAGAUGGGCGUCUACUACAUGAACCAAGCGGCAGCCAUGCAGACGGAGCAAGAGAAGAUGUCGGUGUCCAUCGCCGAGCAGGAGAUGUGGAAAAAGAGCUUUGCCUUUUUCGAGAAAGGCAUGAAGGACUUUGAAGCCAUCGGGGACAGCACCAACAAAGCGCUGCUGCUGUGCAACAUGGGAAAACUGAUGAGGAUCUGCGCCCAGGGCCACUCUGGCGUCGUCUCCGUGAAUGACAGCAGAGGGGAGUUCUCCCCCGAGGAGGCUCUCUACUACCACAAGGCAAUAGACUACUACCUGCGUGCGAUGAGGUCAUUGUCAUGCCGAGAGAAUCACCAGCCAGUGUGGGACAGUGUUAACUGGGAGCUAUCCACUACAUAUUUCACACUGGCAACGCUUCUGCAAGACUAUGCGCCGCUGUCCAGGAAGGCUCCGGAACAGAUCGAGCGGGAGGUGACUGAGGCCAUGAUGAAGUCGCUCAAGUAUUGCGACCUCCACACAGAGUCUGCCCGCCAGCCGCUGUACCAGUACAGAGCGGCCACCAUCCACCACCGCCUGGCCUCCAUGUACCACAGCUGCUUCCGCAACCAGGUGGGGGACGAGCGCUUGAGGAAGCACCACCGGAGCCUGGCGGAGCUCCACUACAGCAAGGCCGUGUAUUUGUUCCUCAGUCUCAAAGAUGCGCCGUGCGAGCUGCUCCGCGCAUUACUGGAGAGGGUGGCCUUCGCAGAGUUCACCAUGGCAGAACAGCAGCACGGCCAAGCAGAAGAGCCUGACUGCAGCUCUGGAGAUCAUGGCGGAGACUCGCUGUGCCUUCCAGAUUAUUCACAAAGAGCUGCUGGAGGAGCAGAAAGAGAGAAGCGACGCAGCUCUUCCGGCAUCUUCGGGCUGCCUCGCAUCAGGAGGACUCAACCUCCAGGAGGUGACCAAACUGACCGCUCUGUUCGAGUCGCGCUUCUCCGACCUGCUCCUGCAGCUCAUCAAACUCAUGCUGAAAACCAAGCGCAAACCCAGCAAAAAGGACGAAGAGCUGCUGCAAAGCUACAAGAACGUUUACUCCAAGCUGCUCCGCUGCGACAAGAGCACGCCUUUGCUCGCCCGCGUUCACCUCUACGCCGAGCUACUGCAGCAGCUUACGCCCAACGCAGAAGACUACGGCACUGACAUGGUAUCAUGACGGCACUUUAUAAGAAGCCGGCCAGCAGAGCUCUCCUGACGUUGACGCUGUUAGCCCGUGAGCUGAAGGCGGGCGCCGACACGGGCAGCUCGAUCCUCGCCAGCGUGUCGGCCAUGUCGACGUGAAGGAUGUCUGCCGCCGUUAAAGCCCCACGGUCCAGGUGGAAGUCGCUACACCACUUGUCCACGUCGUAACCUGACCCCAAGAAAGAAAACCAUUCCGUAAGCCAUUCACAGUAUAACCCUUGCUGAUUGGCGCUCUCUCCUGUUGAUCCCGCUUCUGUCGCCACAUCACCUGGGAUAAGCAUCUUUCCAGUUACUGUCCGACACUCGAAUUACAGUACACAAUUUCUAAAUAGUAUCUGUCCAUCCAUUUUCUUUCGCAUUUGUUCUCAAUAGCCGGCCAAUUACAGCCUUAUUUUUUACUUUUUGGUCCAUGUAUCAAAUCGUUAUCGGCAUACAGCGGUACCUUGACUUACGAGUUUAAUUCGUUCUGUGAUAACUCAGUUUUCCCAUAUAAUCAAUCAAAUUUCCCAUAGAAAUGAAUUGAAACGACAUGAAUCUGUGGCAGUUUUUCAAGAACUCAAGGUUGAGCCGUAGGGUGGAAACACAUCACAAAUCAGACAACACAGAAGCAAAACAACUUUAACCAUUGUUAAUAGUGUUCCUGCUCAUCUUAAAAUACAUAAACAUAUUUCAAAAUAAUUCUUUUUAAUAGAAUUUGUAUUUAAUUUCCUUUUAGUGAGUGGUAGGGCAGCGCCCUAGCGCCCUCUGUUGGCCAGCCACCAAUGCCUACGACAGCAGUGUGAAGAAAUGUGACACAGUAGUGGAAAAGAACGGGUUGAUUAUUUCAGUUAUUAUGCUGUAAUAUACAAUCGAUUGAGCGAGUCUACUGAACUCACGCGGGUCCUGUCGACAACGUUUGAACGCCGUGAAAAUGUUGAUGAGGGUAAAGUGAUCUCCUUCGGGGUGCUGGAACUUAGCGUGACGUCGAGACACGUCCGUCUUUAAGUCAUCCGCAGGAAGCUUGAAGCAUGUUGGAGCUGUAAGUGGGAGGAAUUUUUUUUUUUUUUUUUAAAAACAUUAUUAUUUAGAAAGAUUUGCUGAUAAAGCAACUAUUUCACCUGUGAGCAUGGCGGCGAUGAUGAGCAGCUCGCUGACGCAGUCGAACUCGCAGGAGGCCAGCAGAGCCUUGGCCAGCUGAGGCUGCACAGGGAACUCCGACAUGAUGAUGCCGAUCUCAGACAGGUUGCCGUCGUCAUCCAGGGCGGCCAGGUAGUCCAGUUCCUCCAAGGCCUGCAUCAGACCCUCUGGAUCUGGGACAAAGAGAGACUAUGGAUGUAUUCAUCCAUAUAUCCUUCCAUCAAAUGUAAUUGAAAGUUAGAUUUUCCUGCAGAGUCUGCCUGUCCUUUCUCUGCUGUGUGGGAAAGUGCUCGCUUACUUAUGACUUCAUCAUUUGAGGGGGAAGAAAAAAAAAAAAUACAUUAAAAUAAGUUUUUUUGGA